CGCUGCUUAGCUAAUAAAUUGUAACAUUUUUAUCUAUCGGAUGUACAUUAAGCUUAAGUACAGUUAUGUUCAUAUAUAUGGUGUUCCUUGCAGUAAAUCCGUCUGUAAUCUAAGUUUAGAUAAAGCCGAUAAUGUUGUGCAGCGCGCCAGGUCCAAGGGGCAUUUCCGCCAGAGGGAAAGCCCUUUUCAAGUGAAAAAUGUAGCAUGAACAGAUGAUAGCCUGAUGUACUCGAUGUGUGUGUGUGUGUUUGGUCAAAGUUGUAAAUGUUAGAGGAAUAUUCAAAAGAGUUUAGAUCACUUCCAAGGGCUUCGGUGCAAAGCUGAACUAAAACGAGAAGCUGCAAGAAAUCGUUAAAGAAAAAAACAAAAACUAGUACCAGAAACAAUAUUAAAUAUGUGUAUAUGUAUAUGUGGGUAUAGUUUCUAGGUGCUUUUUGGACAUUAGUUAGAAAAAACAACAAAAGAGAAGAAUAUGCAUAGCAAAUUUUACAAAUACAAAUAACCCAGGCAGCUUGAAAAAUACUCGAUUUAUUUUAUUAUACUCCCGAGAAGAAACCAAACACAGCUCCAGCCACAAAAAGGACGACAUAAAUUGAGAUGAGAUUGAAGGUUGAUCAUGAGGACGAGGUUAACCAUAUUGUUGAUGGACACACACAGAGACAAUACGCCCAGAAGUAUGCAAUUUGAUUGUGGACAGAGAAUAUUUUUUAAAUGUUUAUAAGCAGAAGCGGAGAGUGGAAGGCAAAUAUUUGUGAAACAUAUUUUAAUAGACACUGAAACAAAACAGAGAGAAAACCAAAGAUAAAAUACAAAACCUAGACAGCGAUAGUGAAUUUUUUGAAACAUAUUUUUUGAUAUACAAACCAGAGAUAGACAGACGGUACGGAAUAGAGAACAACACUGCGAAUAUGCACAAAACAUAUAUCUUUUGGAUAACCCUAGCCUAAGUUGAAGUUGUAACAAAACCAAACAAUAUUUUUCAGUUAGGUCUUAACAAAUUAUGUAUUAUGUAUAUUUUGAUGGUUUCACCACAAACAAUUUUUUUGAGCCGUUUCGCAUGCCGUUCGGUUGAAGUUGAAGUUGCAGCGUAAGCAAGUAAUCCAGAGUACAAUCAUUUAUGUCAAACAGGACACCAAAACACACCAGACAUUGGCAGCACACCUCCCAGUCUCAGACGGGGAGCCGGACGGGGCACGGCAGCAAGGGGCAUCUUUACAGGGACAAGCGAGAGACAAACAAACACAAACCGAACAAUUUUUUGCUAACAAUUUUGUGAAAUUCAUUUACGAACCGCUUUAUAUCAGGAGUUGGAGACAAAGUAUUUACAGAUAUACAGAUACAGAAGAGGACUAGAAGAAGCCUAAAGAGAAAGGGCAUCCAGCACCCAAAACAAGAUGUCAAUGAAGAGCCACAGGAAAGCGAGGUGAUAAUAUCAAAAGGGGUCACAACAGGGGACUAAACGGAAUCAGAUCUAGUUCUGGGUCGAGCUUAGGUACAACACUACACAUAUAUCAGCUAUAGCGUAGAGAGAAGCGACCAAAGACUGGUUGCGACCGAACAAAACACAAACAACACACGUACAAGCCGAAUGUUAAAGCGACUUAGAGACACUAAGCUUAGUUUGUAACUAGAGGGAGGUACAACACCACCUUAGCCCUAUCCUAGCCCUGUUCCUAUCCCUUUCCCUUUCCCUUUUCCUGUCUCGAGCCACAAACCAGAGCCAUGUAUGCAGCUGCUGGGGGCGCCUCGCUGGCGUCGCGCCAAGCGCGUCAGAAGCAGCGCCAGGAGAAGAAAAACCGAAUACUACAAGCGAAACUACAUCCACCGAAAGCGCCCGGGGCCGUGGGGCUGGGAGCCGGCGAGCUUGCCGGCGGUGCCUCGACCCCCACCCGGAGCGCGUCGCGCCAGUUCCACCAGCUGCCGACGAACUACCUGCGCGCCCCGCAGGCCAUGGGGCGCAAACUGAGCGCCACCUACACGACGCAAUCGAAGCUCCUACUGCCAAUAGACGAGGGCGACACCCAGUCGGUGCUCCAGCUGCGCAUGCACUCGCACGCGCAUACGCACGCCCACUCCCACAGCCAUGGCCACGGCCACGCGCAGGCGCACAGCCAUCUGCACCACAGCCACCUGCUGGGGGCGGUCGCCCCACCGACACCGGGACCGCCGCAGACGCCUUACCAGCAGUUCGCCUCGUCGCACGGACGCGUCUCACCGAAACUGGUGCAUCGGCACUCCGGCAGCAGUGCCGGGUACUAUCCGGCGGCAGCUGCGGCGGCCGCUGGACGGCUCCACAAAUCUGCCACGGCCACCCUGCCACUGGUCUCGCAUAUGGAUAUGGAGGCGGCGUUGCCAUCGGCUGUGGUCGGCGUUAAAACGACAGUGACCUCGUUGGAGACAGCCACGCCUACGUCUCCUCCCUUGGCCAGCACUUCGGCGGCCGCGGCAGCGGCAUCGGCCGACGCCGAGGCCGAGAUAGAAGUAGAGUUGACUGGCGCCGCAGCUAUGUUUGUACCCCACCAUGAUGCCAUCAUUGUAACGCCGGCCACGCCCAUGGCCUCGCCGGGCCACGUGGCCAAGCUGCGCCGUCCGGGGCCAGAGGAGGUGCCCGAAACGGCCGCUGAGAGGCAGCCGCUGACCGCCGGCGAGGCCUACGACGAGGACGAGCACGAGCCCAUGCACCCGCAGCCCGGACAGCUGGAGCGCAAGUGCAGCGUCUACCGCAUGCGCAGGAGCGAUGCCUUCGAGGAGGGCGACGGCGACGGCGGCGUCACCGGAGGCCUGAAGCGCCAGCUCCGAGAGCUCCAGUUCAGCACGGGCGUCCAGCAGACCCAGUACGAGCCCCUGCUCACCGACGAGCCCCAGCUGCUGUUCAAGGGUCUCGGCAACGGCCGCAAGUGGCAGAUCUGCGCCUACUGCGAGGAGGGCAUCUGUGUGUGCGAGCACCUAGAGUGCGCCCAGGGACGAGCCGCCUGGUUGGAGCGCGGCCGACGCUGCAGUGUCCAGGAUCAGCAGCAGCAGCAGGCCACCUUAUCCCGACGCUGGGUGAAGCGCAACCGAAUUCAAGACGCCUCUUUGGGUGGCUCCUCGGACGAUGAGGAUUUCCUGGGCGUUCUGCGCGGCCCUAGCACCUUCGCGAAUGCCUUCCUCUACGUGGGACUGGGCACAGUGGCGCUGGGACUGGUCAUAGCAUUCGUUGGAACCGGCGAGAAGGGCUUCAAAACUGUGGAACUAAGACUUAUAGGGCCCUCCCUCAUAGGACUGGGCCUGAUCUGUUGCAUUUUACGCAUCCUCUUCUGCAUCUGUCCAUCGCACUGCAUCUCAUCCAGCAAGAAGACGCGCAAGAAAAACGGCAACAAGAUCGAUGCGGAUCACACAACGUCGCUGCUCAGGAACGAGAGCAAGAGGGUAUCGAUUGCCCGAGGACCCGGUGUUCAGCCCAAAUACCCCAUAGCACACAAGCGCAGCCAGAGCAAAAUGCUCAAUGAGGGAAUGGAGGCACUGCGGCAGAUAGCCACCACAUCGCUUUUUAUGCAAAACGAUCAAAAGACGGCUAUCAAUCGCGUGGUGCCCAUCAUCAACGAGCCGGACAGUGGCGAUGCCCCACUGGAAAUGAAGAAGCUGCAGACGGCACUCAGUGCCUGCGAGAUGAGUGAGGAGGAGCAGGAGGAGAAGGCCAGGCAGCAGCAGCAGCAGCAGCAGCGGCAGAUCGCCAAACGUACAACAACAGCCACAACUGCCGUAACGAGUAGUACCACCAAAGACCCAACCAUACCGACAAAGGCAGCGAGGGCCACGACUCUGAGCACUGUGGACGAGAAGCCCGACAGCAAGCUGGUGCGGCAGAGAGUGGCCCUGCAACAGCAGCGACAGCAGCAGCAGCAGCAGCAGCAGCAGGUGAAACAAGAGCAACACCCGGCACAGCAAGCCAGCAAGUCGCAAUCGCUAUCCUCUUCGUCCACGGUCAAAGAUUCGCUGGAUGGGACGGUCGUUGUAGAGGAAACCUCCCUGAUAGAUGCCACCAAUGUUGCCACGAAUGCAGUUCCAGCUAAAGCUCCAGCACCUGUUUCAGUUCCUGCAUCAGCGGCUGCCCCCUUGCCGAGCAGCUGCAGUACAGGAGCUAUACCCAGACUCAAAACCAACAACACUGUGUCAUUCACCUCCAGUCAAGCCACGCGGCCGGGCAUCUCGACGGGCGCCACGCCCAAGACAACGCCCACCAGCUCCAGGCUGCCCACCUCUCAGUCGCAUCCAACGAGCUAUGAUCUACCCCCCGCCCUGCCGCACACCUAUUCCGCGACGGCCACGGUCCGCGGACCCCUGGGCAUGUCCAUGAGUACGUCAACCUACACAAUGCCCACCAGCAAAGUGGGUCCAUCAGCCGCAUCCACAGCCACAUCCGCAUUCGCUGCCCUGCCGCCCACCACGACAACGAUCAGCCUGCUGCCGCUGCCGGCGCCGCCGACAAUGGCCACGGCGAUGACCAGUAUUCCUGGACAGGUGCCGGAGGGUGGUGGCGCCACCUCGCACACCGCGAGUCUGAGUCUGAGCUUAAUGCAGCCAACGGCGAUGCGGCCGGCAUCGGCGUCGGCGUCGAGCAUGGCCAUGUCCACGUCGUCAUUUAGCACGGAAAACAAAUCACACCCGUCAUCCGCAAGCACAACAAGGGGGCGUGGCAGCCAGCUCCUUGCACCGCCAGCGUUGGCAUCUACAUCGGCAUCGUCAUCGGCAUCGGCAUCGAGCAAAUGUGAGCCGGAAUUGGUGCUCAGUCCGGCGAAGCUGGGCCAGUAGAAUUGUGAGGCUUAGUAACGACGACGAUUUUAGUUAGCUACCAGGUCUAUGUGUGUAUUUGUGUGUGCAUGUCUAGGUUCUAUUCUGUGUGAAUGUGUUUGUGUAUCUGUGUGCUAGAGCUGUGUGCAUGAGUGUGCGAGAUCGAAGGAGAAACAAAUGUAAUUACUUAUGUACUCUAAAACUAUCUUUUGAAUGUGCCACAAGAACAACUAAAAACAAAACACAAGAAUAUUCAACUAAAAGUCAUGUUCUGAAAUCGAAACUCCCUGAGAAAAAGGCGUCGGAAUACGACUGCUACCAAAAUCAACCUCAAUAUCAAACCUAACCAUCCCUGACAGAUCUUGGGAAGCCUUCGGAUUCAGAACAUGGCCAUAUAUGCAAUAUGUAUCUCCUUUUCAACCAGAAACAGCUUUCGGUGUCUAAUCCUACACAAUUCCCGAGGCUUUCUUCUUUUAUGAUUCGCCUUCCCACUUGGUUUCUGUAGCAACAAGCUUUUCCUUUCCAAUGUCCGUCGUGUCGCCAUGCCAUGGCCCAAAAGUCGGCCCAGUGCUCAGCAAGUAAUGGCCAACCCACGCUGUUCUAAACUAUCCCCAAACUUAGCCAGGGUAUUAUAAAGUUUGUAUACCAAACAUAUCGUUAACUCAAUACGCGAAACAAAAAUAAUACGAAAUAAAAUAUAUAAUUCGAGGAAAAACCUGAGUGGAGUUGAACCAGUUGGGGUCGUGUCAGAGGCAACCCAGAGCCACCCGGAUCCAUGCAGAUGACAAGGAAGAAAGAACACAGAGUAUAGAGCUAUGAAAC